AUCCAACUGCUCUACAAGUCUAACGUUCUCAGCCAUUCGCCUGUUUUUACUUCUGCUCUUCUCUUCUCCCACCCCCACACCCCCACUAUUCAUUUUCGCUUUGCAACUAUUAGCGACCACAGAGAAUACAGCUGAGGGCUCGUGCAAAAGGCCAGAACCAGCGUGUCCAUGAACAAAAUUGGUAUCUUGAGCCAGUCGGACGGCUCUAGCGAUUGGAAACAACGCGACACUCGCGUCCUGUGUAGUGUGAAUGGUCCUAUUGAGGUAAAACCCCGAAGUGAAAUCCCCAACCGUGCGACCUUCGAGUUGCUGGUGUCUCCUAUUUCCGGUGUAUCUGGAACAAAAGAGCGUUUUCUUGCUAGUCGGAUUCUCUCAGUGCUGGAAGAUGCUGUGUUGUCGACAAACUAUCCACGGACGCUUAUUCAAGUGAAUGUCCAAAUCGUCGAGGGUGAUGAAAAUGACCUUUUGGCUGCUGCAAUCAAUGCUACUGUGUUGGCGUUCUUGGACGCUGGUAUCGCUAUGAAGUAUAUGCCAUGUGCAAUUUCUUGUGCAUGGAAGAACCCCAAGGAAACUCAAGCCAACGAGAAUGCAAUGGUCGACUACCCUGCAGAGAAGAGUACAAUUGAGCAGCCUGUGCACAUCACCAUGUGCUAUACGGUGUCUGCGGAUCCAAAGUCACUGCUCUUCUUAGAGUCCUCUGGUAUGAUUCCUGAAGAAGACUUGUUCAGUGUUUUAGCAUCUGCCGAAUCGCGCGUGGACGAAGUGGCUCAAAAACUGCGGCAGGUCGUUCUGGAUUGCCGGCAUGUAGCUUGAGUUUUCUGUAUGGAACCAAAAACAAAGCUAGUGACUUGAAAAGACUUUUUUUGUAAAUGUCUUUGAUGUUCCUCGGCCCUCCUCAGUCAUACACUAUACACUCUUACUACUAGAACCUUGUCCCGGCGACUUCAAAAUCAAGACUUCCCUUCCACAAAUUGCUCCCUUAAAAAAAAGUAUGUAUGCUCAUGUGCACUCUAUAUACUCCUUUAAUUCCAUUCUUUUCUUGCUCCCUCUCCGUAAAUUCAUAGUUCAUGUUGCCCCCAUUUGAU